AUGGCAGCGUACGAUGGGGCAGGAAACCCGAGGGAACACAUCCUCAGCUACAAAACCUUUAUGGAUUUGCAGACCUUAUCGGAUGCCUUAAUGUGCAAGGUAUUCCCUACUACGCUUACAGGCCUAGCAAGAGCUUGGUUUAAUAGUCUGGGGGCAGAGAGUAUUAGAAGUUUUGGUGACCUGGCCAACACCUUUAUCAGCCAGUUCAUCACAGGAGUACCGGCCGAUAGGAAAACUAGUUAUCUGGAAACGGUCAAAAAGCCUCCGACUUCCUUGGCAGAGUUGAUGAAGAGAGCAGAAAAAUACAUAAGGCAGGAUGACGCCUUGACCACCAGUAGGUUUGCAAGGGAGACAGCAGACAAGGGAAAGGCCUCGGAAGAAAGGAGGUCAGAUAAAUAUGAGAGAAGGCAAAGCAGGGGGCACGAGGCUUACGGGCAACCUCGGGACAGAAGGGAGAAGAGACCAUCACCACAUCGGAUCCUAGAGACAAUAACACCUCUCAAUGCGUCCAGAGCCGUGGUGUUUAUGGCUGUACAAGACAAAGAAUUCCUCCAGUGGCCUAAGCCCCUGAGAGCGGAAGCGAGUCAGAGAGAUCCUGACAAAUAUUGUCAAUUUCACCGCACUCAUGGUCAGACACCAAUGAUUGCUACCAGCUGA